AUGCCUGAGAAGGGUGUUGUUUCAUUUAGUGCGAUGAUUACUGGUUAUGUUAGAAAGGGACGGUUUAACGAAGCAUUGGAAUUAUUUCGUGAGUUACAGAUUCAGGGGUUGGAGCCUAAUGAUUCUACUGUUAUUGGUGUCAUUUCUGCCUCUGCUGAUUUGGGAAGUUUAGAUACUAGUAAAUGGAUUCAUUCUUAUAUUAGGAAUAAGAAUGGAAAUCGAUUUGACAGUCGGAUAAAUACUGCACUGAUUGGUAUGUAUUUUAAGUGUGGGAGCAUCGAAGAUGGGGUAUUUUUCUUUAAAGGGGUUAAGGAGAAGCUUGUGGGAGAGCGGACAACAAUGAUUUCUGGCAUAACAAUGCAUGGUUUUGGAGAGAGAUCUGUUGAAUUGUUUGAAAACAUGGUGGAAUCGCGUGUUAAGCCUAAUGCAAUCACAUUUUUCGGCCUCUUAUCUGGUUGCACUCAUGCAGGAUUGGUCAAGGAGGGGUUAAUGUAUUUCAAGAGAAUGAAAUCCGAGUUCGGGAUUGAACCCACAGUUGAACACUUCGGUUGUGUGGUCGAUUUUCUAGGCCGGGCAGGAUUGAUUGCACAAGAGGUUGAUUUCGUGAACAAUAUGCCACUGAAAGCUAUAUGA